AUGUGCAUUCGAACUGACUUAUUCGCGGAUCGCUGGGCGAAAAUCCAUUAUCAAGUGCAUCACUGCGGCUUCCCAAACGAACGGGACUUCGGUGUCAGUCUGUUACUGGCUCCAUCUAGGACCAAUAAGGAAACAGCUUACUUAUUUGAUUCCGCUCUUCGGAUCAACAUACAAGCUGACUAUCUUUCCACCAGCAGCACGUUACUUUUGAAUUCUUUUCACUCCUCGGAGCUAUAG